AGUUUUACCACUUGAACUAUUGUAUUAUGAAAAAACGCAUGAAUUAACUCCUACAAGUGUACAGUAUAGGCAUUUUAAUUUCCUUGGGUGCGAAUGUAAGGUAGCGUUUUAGAAUGACUUCUGUACCGUCAGUGAGGUUCUACAAAGACCUGCCCGUGUGGAUUGUGGAGGACCACCACAAUGUGGUGUGUCGUAUAUAUCGUGCUAUUGCAUCAAGACACCUACCCAUAAACAACAUUAAGCUUGUACAUUUGGACUCCCAUCCUGAUCUGCUCAUCCCCGUCAACAUGUGUGCUGACACCGUUUUUGACAAGGACAAGUUGUUUAGUGAGCUGAGUAUAGAAAACUGGAUUAUGCCCAUGGUUUAUGCUGGUCAUGUGUCCUAUGUGGCAUGGUUGCAUCCUUAUUGGGCUCAACAAAUCAUAGAAGGGGAACACAUGAUGACUGUAGGCAAAGACCUAUCCACCACCACCAUCAGGGUGACAAGUAAAGAUCAUUACUUUCUCAGUGAUGGCUUGUAUGUUCCAGAGGAUCAACUUGAAAACUCCAAACCCCUCCAGUUAAAUGUGAUUAAAGUCAAUCCUAUCUAUAGUCAACAGUCUUGUCCAGAAAAGCAAAGCGAGGAGGAUGCCGACACAUGUCUUGCCAAGAGACCCAGAAGAGAGUGUUCCCAACUUGGGGAGGCAAGUUGCUCAGCAAAAAAAAUUGAGGCACUGCAACCAACAGAAGUCAUACAUGAUGCCACACAAGAUGAAAAGCGCUGCAUUAUAAAAAGACAACAUGAUGGUGAAGAAGAGGAAGGAUCCACAAGUUACGUUGUCAAAAGGAUGUCAACAUUUCUGAGUCAGACGGAACCAUACAUCCUGGAUAUUGAUUUGGAUUUUUUUUCCUGUAAAAAUCCAUUCAAGGAAUUGUAUACACAGGAAGAAUAUGCCAUCCUUCAGGAACUCUACAGCUUCAGAGGACCUGGUACCAACGCUAAUGAGGAGGAGCUUGGUGAGUGUGUGGAUCUUCGCAUAUGUCAAUUAGAGGACUUGGAAGCAGCCUUCGCUGAUCUCCUAGAAGAUGACACAGAAGAGGUUGUUUUACACUGGGUCAGCAAACUUGGAAAGGCUUGUUUUGCCCACCUGGUUUCCAGUUUGAAGUCAAGAAUUCCUCACCCAGAUUAUGAAAUGGUACAUCAGGCCGGCUUAACCUGUGACUCAUCCGAGUUGCCUCAUCAUAUCAGCUCGGAUGAGGAGAUCGACGGACUCAUGUCAGCUGUCCAACUGUUUCUGAAGCACCUGCCCAAACCUACUCUGGUGACUAUAUCCAGGUCCAGUCUGGAUGAAUACUGCCCAGCAGAACAAGUAGAUUCGGUCCAAGGCAGAGUACUGGCUGUACUUGAAAAGCAGUAUGGAUCAUUGGACAUACAGAAGGACUAUGAAAAUACCAACACAGAACUCGCUUAAAAGUGUAAAUCAGGGUUUUCCAAAGUGUGGCACAAUGAGCCUCCCCUCGGGGAGUCUUAUACGGCUGAAAAACUGAUUUUCUGCAGCAUCUUUUGUGGCGUUUCCUUCUCACACCAAGCCUUGUUCAAUCUCUCAUUGUAGGAUGUACAAAUCAGUCCACUUUGCCUUUGAUAAAAUUAAGGUAAGGUAGCAUAGAAAGUGUGAAAAAUGUUUUUCUCAACAUGUUGCUGCUUGCACACUUGAUCUAAGGCCCUGUCCACAUGGGAACAUUCUUGAGAUUUUUUUUAUUUGGUGGGUUGAAAAAAAGUUGCAUCCACACUGCGCAGGAUUAGUGUAUAGUUGCAUCCAGACGGAAACGCAUCAAAACUAUGCAAAGCACACCUACAUGUGGCUCUGUGAACAGGCACGCGAUGUAACCACGUGACACUCCAAACCAUAGAAGAAGGAAUUAAUGCACAUAAAUACGUUGUCUUCGGCUUGCUUGGAAUUACUUUUGGGAGUCGUUAAGGAGUAUAAGAGAACAAAAUAUCACCAGAAUGUUGACUGAAGUGAGUCAUGUCUCGAAAUAUUCAGCUAUUAUGUUGGCUUGUCGUCAAAGCUCACUUCUGGUCACGUGACGAGGCAGCGGUGGGUCGGUGACAUCAUCAUUCUUGUAUUACCUUGUCUACACAGCAACGCCAAGCCAGCGUUUUCAGAUUUUCCCACUCUGGAAGCCGUUUUCCAAAAAUACAAUUUCGGUUCACCCAGAACGCCGUUCAUGUGUGGAUGAGAGGCUGAAAUGCUAAAAUACUUGCCGUUUUGACCUGAAACAUUUCCGUGUGGAUAGCCCAAAAUAGUCUGGCGCUCCCUGCAUGUGAAUUUGACAAUUCAAUCCCAGUUUAACAAUGAAUAAGGUGCAGUGGCUGAUCAUACAUUGUUUAUGUUAUUCAUGUUGGACCUUUAAUCAUUUCUUCAAAAUGUUCUUUUUUCGGGGUGAAAUGAUUAUACAACAAAAAACAAGAAUUUGGUGCACAAAUUU